UUAUGUGCUGUGUGGUAGCGCGCGCUAUGCUCUACGAUCUCGGGAGACCGAGCCGGAGCGUAGCUGAGCGCUGAACUUGAGACCUCGUCCCGGUCACGUCUCAAGUCCCUCUUACUUUCCUCAUUUCAUUAUCGAUCUCUAAACCGCGCAUUCUUACUUUCCACACUCGGAUUACGUUUCCGAUAAAAAAGUGUAGCAAAUAUCUCUCCGAGUUGCGUGAGCGACUGCGCAAUAGAGAAACGUUCAACCGAAUCCAGCAUGUCCAUUUUACCAUUCACUCCGCCGAUCGUGAAGAGGCUCCUGGGCUGGAAGAAGGGAGAGCAGAACGGACAGGAGGAGAAAUGGUGCGAGAAGGCCGUCAAGAGUCUGGUGAAGAAGCUGAAGAAGACAGGACAGCUGGACGAGCUGGAGAAAGCCAUCACAACUCAGAGUGUCAACACCAAGUGUAUCACCAUACCGCGGUCGCUGGACGGUCGGUUGCAGGUAUCUCAUAGGAAAGGACUUCCUCAUGUGAUCUACUGCCGCCUAUGGCGCUGGCCUGAUCUACAGUCCCACCAUGAGCUCAGAGCCAUUGAACUCUGUGAGUUUGCAUUUCACAUGAAAAAGGAUGAGGUGUGCGUCAAUCCUUACCACUACCAGCGCGUUGAGACACCAGUUCUUCCUCCGGUCCUGGUUCCUCGGCACACUGAAAUCCCCAGUGAGUUUCCUCCACUGGAUGACUACAGUCACUCAAUCCCAGAAAACACCAUCUUCCCUGCUGGCAUCGAGCCCCAGAGCAACUACAUACCAGAGACACCCCCUCCAGGUUACAUCAGUGAGGAUGGAGAGACAAGUGACCAUCAGAUGAACCGCAGCAUGGACACAGGUUCUCCAAACCUUUCACCGAACCCUGUGUCUCCUGCCCACAAUAAUUUAGAUCUCCAGCCAGUGACAUACUGUGAACCAGCCUUCUGGUGCUCUAUAUCAUAUUAUGAGCUGAACCAGAGAGUCGGUGAGACUUUCCAUGCCUCGCAGCCUUCUUUAACAGUGGACGGCUUCACAGAUCCAUCCAACUCUGAACGCUUCUGCCUGGGCCUGCUGUCCAACGUUAACCGGAACGCUGCUGUGGAGCUCACGCGCAGACACAUCGGCCGGGGUGUGCGUUUGUACUACAUUGGUGGUGAGGUGUUUGCAGAGUGUCUAAGUGACAGUGCCAUCUUUGUUCAGAGUCCCAACUGUAACCAGCGUUACGGCUGGCAUCCUGCCACCGUCUGCAAGAUCCCACCAGGCUGUAAUCUGAAGAUCUUUAAUAAUCAGGAGUUCGCAGCUCUCUUGGCUCAGUCUGUGAAUCAGGGCUUCGAGGCGGUUUACCAGCUCACUCGCAUGUGCACCAUUCGCAUGAGCUUUGUGAAGGGCUGGGGAGCAGAGUACAGACGACAGACAGUGACUAGCACCCCCUGCUGGAUAGAACUGCACCUGAAUGGUCCUUUGCAGUGGCUGGACAAAGUGCUCACUCAGAUGGGAUCUCCUUCCAUCCGCUGCUCCAGUGUGUCAUAGGAAAAACUCUCUCUGUACAAACACAACAUGUACAAAUCAAGAAAUCUGGAAACAAAGUUCCUUAAGGAAUCAAAGGCUGAAGACAUUCAUACUCACCCACCGGUGGGUUCCACAGCCAUUUUCAGACUCGGUAGCACUUUUACAUUUGUCUCACUGUGGAGGAGCGUUUUGUCAAUGUGUAAAUACUUUUUUAAUAAAAUUUGUCAUUUAUGAUAUAUUGUUUAUAGCAUUAGUGUACGUAAGAUCUCUCUGUCUUUUGUUAUGCUGUUAGGUACAUGUUUACUAUAACUGGGGUAUUCGAUUGAUUAAAAAAGUACUUUUUAUGUAAAGUGAAGAUAUGACGUUUUCAGAAUAUCAGUUAACUAUUUCUGAUCCUCUUAUUGUUUUGCCACAAUUAUUGCGAACGCUGGCACGCUGUGUUCAAAACACUGACGAAUCAAUUACUGUUGUUAAUCAUGUUUUCCUACCACGUGCAUGAUACAUUCAGAAUCAUACUUCAGCUAUUAAAUAACACAUUUUUGCAAUUCACUGCACAGAAUAUAGCAAACUUUUUCUACGUAUGUACACAUAAUUGUAUAUGUGUUGGAUAUGUCUGAGUUAUAUUUGUUGACACGCAAGUGGCUUUUAUCAUUGCUCAUGUGUCAAAGCAGGACCUAUGUUAAGCACACAUGUUACGAAAGUUUGUUUAAACUGUGCAUCAGCUGUCCCAUGACUGUUUGUCUUUGUACGCUCUGCUUAAAGUUGAAAUCAGUCUGCAGUGACACUGCUGUCCACUGUGACACUGGGUUUCUGUAUUUUUGAAGUGAUUGAAUAUUAAUGUGUGUGAACUUUUCCCUGUUAAUGCCCUGUUGUCUUGGGUGAGUGGUUGAGAAGUUGUGCAAGGUUUGGACAAAAUGUGACUUUUUUUUUAGCUUUGGAAAAGAAAUCUUUGUUUUGGUAGAUUUACAAAAACGAUUAAUGGGCAUUACAUCAUUUUUUGUACUCCAGAGUUCACACUUUCUGGCAUUAUACAUUUUAUUCCUUGAUAUACGUUUAAAAAAUGACUUUGAUACGUUGAAAUUGGUAAUGCCCAGUAAUCUUUGUAUACAUUUGUGCAUAUGCAUGCAUGUCUGCAGGUUCUAAUGUUCUCCUCGUGUUCUCCUUAAGUUCUCCAAAAUAACUCUGAAUGAGUGUGCCUUUACAUCAAGAGUUUGUCGUCUGUAUAUAGUAUAUAAGAGACGUCUACACACAGCCAGUUAUCCAUAUGGAUCAGUUUAUGGGUUCUCCAGCGUUGGUGCGCUAUGGGUUUAGAUCAGUUUUCAGCUGAACUUGUAAAUAUGUCUGAUAAAUUGAUAAUGCAUGCCUAUUUUCUGAUACUCAUGCCAUUUGUACUGUUGACUCUAUUUUGCUACCAAAUAUUUUUUCAGAAGCGGGAUGGGGGGGGCGUUACUGCUGGCAGGUUCUUGUAUUUUUUAUACAUCAGAUUCUCAUAGGAUAUGGAGAAGGGCUUCGUAAAGGGAAAUGUUUAGCUACAAUGGGCUCUGUGAAAUUUGAUCUUGUAAAGUACUUUUGGUUAGUUCUGUUUGAUGGGUUGCAAGCACUUGCAUGCCUUUUUGAAAUGGGGGAAAGGUGUUCUGAUGCGUUAUGAAAAGGAAUCAUGAAGUUCAGAAUUUAGCGUUUAGGUACCUCAUGUGUUCUUGACAUUAGGUAUACGACAUGUUUGCAUACAGUAUAUUUCUAUACUGUGGUGUGGUGUGAUAUAGACGCUCUGAGACUUUAAUAAAGUCAGUAUGAAUUACUAGGAUUCCUCAAAAUGUAUCUUUGUGUCAUCUGGCAAAGAAAAAAAGAAGGUACUGAUAUUAUUCAGGAAAUAAUCUAUUGUCCAUGUUAGCAAACAUUUUACUGUUUUCUUUAAGAGGAAAAAUCCAAUUUCACUUUCUCAACAAAUUGUUGAAUAUAUUUUAAGUAAUGUGCAUUUAUUGUGCUUGUGUUAACCUCUCACGCUCUGUGACUUUCUGUGGCUUAGUGAUGAUUGCCGUGCUUGUCCCUUGAUAGAUUUCUUAUUUGUACAAGUAUAUAAUAAUUUCUCUUCAUCCUUAAAGUUUUGCCAGGAGAAAAUAAAAAUCAUUGUUUUGUUAAAUUGUUAAUAAAUAUAUACAUGAAACAA